AUGCAAUCCCGCAUCGCGCUCCUGUCCUUCUGGGCCCUCCUCGCGGCCCUCCUCGCCAUCAACGGCGCCUCCGCUCGCGAGGUCCGCAACGAGCACACGCACCUCGUGCGCGUCCGCCGCGAGCUCGUCGAGCGCGCCGACCUGACCGUGCAGCCCCAGUGCACGGACCCGAGCGUGAAACUCAACUCGCACGACUGUAAUGUCGCGCUGCUCUCCACCGGCACCGGCAUCGCGGGCAAGAUCCAGUUCCUGCGCGUCGCGGGCACGACCACGACCGGCACCAGCGGCACCUGCUCCGUCAAGGUCGACGCCGUCGACGGCGGCACCGCGAUCGACAUCUCCAAGGGCCGCUUCGAGCAGGCGUUCAAGGCGCUCGUCGCCGCGUGCGGCGUCAGCCCCGGCACCGUCACCGCCGCCGGCGGGAGCACGGGCGGCAACACCAAGAUCACCAUCUCGCAUUCGUGAGCGCGGGGCGAGUACGCGCUUCGCGUGUUGGAGGUUGCAGGGUUUCAGGGUCGGCUGUUGGGAUGGAUCGGCUUGUCGCUUGCACUUCAUUUGGAAAGAAAGAACGCUGUCUGUCCCCUUUU